CUGGAAGCCUGCGUUUGUUUUUCAUCAGCAUAUUCUGGCUGGACCCAAACAAUCUGUCCUACUGACUGGACGCCGAUCAACAAUCGCUGCUUUCUCUAUGUUACCGAUUACAAUACUUGGGCGGAUGCAGAGAAAACCUGUCUGUCCUUGGAGGCAAACCUUGCAUCAGUUCACAACAGUGACGAGUACCGUCAGGUUCAGAAUMUGAUAGCUGCAGCAGAUCACAUGUCCAAAGAAGCAUGGAUUGGAGGCUAUGAUGCACAGCAGGAGAAUACUUGGUUUUGGAGCGAUGGAAGCCCGAUGACCUACACAAACUGGUGUCCAUGGCUGCCGRAUAAUGCUGGAUUAUCCCAGCACUGCCUACAGAUGAACUAUUCAGAUGAAAAGUGCUGGGAUGAUUUGAGGUGUGAUUACCUACAGCCUUAUGUCUGUGCCAAGAAACCCUCAGCAAACUGAGGUUCCCAAAGAGGCCUGAUAUGUAAAACGGAACYAGUGGAGGAUGAAUGCAAGGAGUUUCUUAUUGUGCCUUCAUAGAAAACCCAAAAGAUAUUUCUGCAUUUUUUCUUCAUAUAAUUUCUGUCUUUAAUGCAACCUAAGGAAUGAAGCGACAAGUAAACAGCAGCUGGAUUGUCUCUCUUUAACAAGAUCAACUGAAUGAGUUAUAAGAAAAGAAAGAUCAUCUAAGCAAAACUUUCUUCUGUUCUUUGGCGUAGCAAGAAUAAAACUUUGAGGAAUCUAAACAA